AUGGCCUCCUCUCUCCUCGCGCUCCUCCCGAUGCUGCUGGUGGCGUGUGUGGCCUUUAACCUGGACCCCCUGGUGUCUGUGGUGAAGAGGGGCAGCCCUGGGUCCCUCUUUGGUUUCUCUGUGGCUCUGCACCAGGACCUGACCACUGGAGACUACAGGUUUGAGUCCAGGCACAGGUCUUCACUGAGUAUCAAGUCCGACUCCGGCCUCAGUCUGCUCUACAGUCUGCUCUACGGUCUGCUCUACAGUCUCCUCUACAGUCUGCACUACAGUCUGCUCUACAGUCUCCUCUACAGUCUGCCCUACAGUCUCCUCUACAGUCUGCUCUACAGUUUGCUCUACAGUCUCCUCUACAGUCUGCUCUACAGUCUCCUCUACAGUCGUCUCUACAGUCUCCUCUACAGUCUACUCUACAGUCUGCUCUACAGUCUCCUCUACAGUCUGCUCUACAGUCUCCUCUACAGUCUACUCUACAGUCUGCUCUACAGUCUCCUCUACAGUCUGCGCUACAGUCUGUCUGCUCUACAGUCUCCUCUACAGUUUGCUCUACAGUCUCCUCUACAGUCUGCUCUACAGUCUCCUCUACAGUCUUCUCUACAGUCUCCUAUACAGUCUCCUAUACAGUCUCCUCUACAGUCUUCUCUACAGUCUCCUAUACAGUCUCCUCUACAGUCUGCUCUACAUCUCCUUUACAGUCUGCUCUACGGUCUGUCUGCUCUACAGUCUCCUCUACAGUCUGCUCUACAGUUUUCUCUACAGUCUGUCUGCUCUACAGUCUCCUCUACAGUCUGCUCUACAGUCUGCUCUACAGUCUCCUCUACAGUCUGCUCUACAGUCUCCUCUGCAGUCUGUCUGCUCUACAGUUUCCUCUACAGUCUGCUCUACAGUCUGCUCUACAGUGUCCUCUACAGUCUCCUCUACAGUCUGCUCUACAGUCCGCUCUAUAGUCUGCUCUACGGUCUGCUCUACAGUCUGCUCUACAGUCUGCUCUACGGUCUGCUCUACGGUCUGCUCUACAGUCUGCUCUACAGUCUGCUCUACAGUCUGCUCUACGGUCUGUCUCCUCUACAGUCUCCUUUACAGUCUGCUCUACAGUUUGCUCUACGUCUCCUCUACAGUCUGUUCUACAGUGUCCUCUACAGUCUGCUCUACAGUCUGCACUACAGUCUGUUCUAUAGUCUCCUCUACAAUCUCCUCUACAGUCUGUUCUACAGUCUGCUCUACAGUUUGCUCUACAGUCUUCUCUACAGUGUGCUCUACAGUCUGCUCUACAGUCCCCUCUACAGUUUCUUCUACAGUCUGCUCUACAGUCUGCUCUACAGUCUCCUCUAUAGUCUGCUCUACAGUCUGCCCUACGGUCUGCUCUACAGUCUGCUCUACAGUCUGCCCUACGGUCUGCUCUACAGUCUGCUCUACAGUCUCCUCUACAGUCUGCUCUACAGUCUCCUCUACAGUCUGCUCUACAGUCUCCUCUACAGUCUGCUCUACAGUCUCCUCUACAGUCUGCUCUACAGUCUCCUCUACAGUCUGCUCUACAGUCUCCUCUACAGUCUGCUCUACAGUCUCCUCUACAGUCUGCUCUACAGUCUGCUCUACAGUCCGCUCUAUAGUCUGCUCUACGGUCUGCUCUACAGUCUACCCUACAGUCUGCCCUACAGUCUGCUCUACAGUCUGCUCUACAGUCUGCUCUACAGUCUGCUCUACGUCUGCUCUACGGUCUGUCUCCUCUACAGUCUCCUCUACAGUCUGCUCUACAGUCUGCUCUACGUCUGUCUGCUCUACAGUCUCCUCUACAGUCUCCUCUACAGUCUGCUCUACAGUCUGCUCUACAGUCCCCUCUACAGUCUCCUCUACAGUCUGCUCUACAGUCUGCUCUACAGUCUCCUCUACAGUCGUCUCUACAGUCUGCUCUACAGUCUGCUCUACAGUCUCCUCUACAGUCUGCUCUACAGUCUGCUCUACAGUCUCCUCUACAGUCUGCUCUACAGUCUGCUCUACAGUCUGCUCUACAGUUUGCUCUACAGUCUCCUCUACAGUCUGCUCUAUGGUCUGCUCUACAGUCUGCUCUAUGGUCUGCUCUACAGUCUGCUCUACAGUCUCCUCUACAGUCUGCUCUACAGUCUCCUCUACAGUCUGCUCUACAGUCUCCUCUACAGUCUCCUCUACAGUCUGCUCUACAGUCUGCUCUACGGUCUGCUCUACAGUCUGCUCUACGGUCUGCUCUACAGUCUGCUCUACAGUCUGCUCUACAGUCCAGUGCAGUUGUUGGUGGGAGCCCCGACAGAGAGGGCGGAGCUUGGAGUCCCGGCCAAUCGCACUGGAGGCGUGUACCUCUGCCCGAUCAGCUCCGACCAAUCAGACUGCACCCGUGUGAGACUCAUCGACCCAGAGCAGCUGCAUUCUGAGGACCUGAUAGAAGACAUGUGGCUGGGUGUGACUGUGGCCAGCCAGGGUCCGCCUGGAGGACGGGUGCUGAUGUGUGGCCAUCGCUUUGCCAAACUCUACGGAGCGUACAGACUCCGGCACAUGACCGGUCACUACUACGUCCGAGGGAACGACCUGCGCUACAACGACUCAGACGCACACUGGCAGAACCCCGAGCAGGUCUGCAGUCACUUGGGCGACGUGAGCGGUGAGGCCAUGUGCUCUAUGGGGAUGUCGGCGGCCAUUUCUCAGACAGAGAUCAUUGUGGGCUCUCCGGGGAGCUUCGACUGGCAAGGGAACGUCCAUGUGCUGUGGAUGAACUCUGAGCUCAUGUUCCACACACAGAGGAACGCCUUCGCCAACACAGAGCAGAGGAACAUCUACAUUGGAUACUCUGUGGCCCUGGCCCCUCGGCUGCUCUCUCAACAACUGGACAGUAUCAUAACAGGCGCUCCCAAAGACAGUCGGCACGAUGCUCGCGGCUCCGUCUUCCUGGCGCUGAAGUCCGGGGCCGGUCUCCAGAUCCUGCAGCGCCUCCGAGGGGAACAGAUGGGCUCCUACUACGGCAACGCUUUGGCAGUGCUGGACCUCAACAACGAUGGAUGGAACGAUCUGCUGGUGGGCGCCCCCUUCUUCUUCCAGCGGCAGCAGGAAGUGGGCGGAGCCGUGUACAUGUACCUGAACAGUGGAGGCAGGUUUGACUCCAGGCCCACUCUGGUCCUCAGAGGCCCCUCGCUCUCAGCCUUUGGGAUGGCUCUGUGUGCCGCUGGAGACCUGGACCAGGAUGGAUUCCAGGACUUUGUGGUGGGCGCACCGUUCCAUGGCAGUGGCAGCGUGAUGAUAUUUAACAAUGGUCCUGAUGGUGUCCCCUCUCAGCCUUCUCAGGUGAUCCAUGGGAGCAGCAUCUCGCCGCACUUCAGGACCUUCGGCUUCUCUCUGGCCUCUGCUCAGGACGUGGACCACAACCAUCACCCAGACCUCCUGGUGGGGUCUCUGGACGACUCUGCGGUGCUGCUCCGUGGUCGUCCUGUUGUGGAGCUGAACCAGAGCCUCACUGUGAGCCCGGACAUGGUGGAUCCCAGCGACUGUGAAUCCUGCAUCCGAGUGACGGUCUGCUUCUCCUACUCUUUCGCGUCUGGAGGGGAGAGCGACAAAGACAACAUCACGAUGCAGUUCCGGCUUGGUGCUGAUGUGAGCAGCCUGAAGCCGCGUGUGCGUUUCUCCAGCAGUGGACGGAGCCAUGUGUGGUCCCAUCUGUCCAUGCCCCGGGACCACUGCACCACGCUGAGGGCGGGACUGCUGAUGCCGCUGAGAGAUCAAGUGCAGCCUCUGGUGUUUUCUCUGAACGCUUCCCUGGUUCACAAACUCCACAAGAAACGAAGCGGAAUGCAAGAUUUGAGGCGUUUUCCAGUGAGCAGCCGGCCACUUGCACCGGUCAGGCAUCAGAUUCAUAUUCAGAAGGCGUGUGGAAAUGACAACCGUUGCCAUAGCAACCUGCAGAUGACAGCGCAGUUCACCGAUGACAUGAAGAGGCCUCUCGACAUUGUGGCGGGCGGGCACCAGCGUCUGCUCCUGGACUCCAGUCUCAACCUGCUGAUGCUUUACGUCAAUGUCACCAACCAGCCGUCGCCCUGGAAACCCUCCAACCAAACUCACCACAGCUCGUCUCCGUGGCGACCUCUGGACAACGCCCUGUCGCCAUGGAGAGUAGCGGAGGACGCCCACAGUGUGUCGCUGACCGUGAGCAUCCCCCCCUCUCUGGUGUAUUCUGGAGUAAGGGCCAAGGGAGCUUCUCAGGCCGUGCGCUGCUCUGCGGAGGGAGCAGCUCUCCUCUGUGACCUGGGGAACCCUCUGAAGGCCAACCAGCAGGUGGAGGUGUGGAUCCGGUUGCAGCCGUCAGAGGCCAGUCUGAGGAGCAGGCAGAUCACCAGCCAGCUGCAGCUGUCCACGCUGAGUGAGCAGUGGGACCUGUUCCCUCUCACCGUCUCCAUGUUGGUGGAAGUGUCUCUCCAGGCCUCGCUCUCGCUGCUGAGUGCUCCAGGCCCCAUCUACUUCAGUGGUCAUGUGACCGGCGAGUCUGCCAUUCAGAAGACCUCGGAGAUCGGCUCUUUAGUCACAUUGCACUUCCAGGUUCACAGAAGUGGGCGGUCUCUGCACCAGCCUGGGGAUCUCAUGCUGGUGUUUGAUUGGCCACUGGAGUUGAUGAGUGGGAAGUGGCUGCUGUACCUGAGCCGGGUGGAGAUAACGGAGACAUCCACCCAACUGUGCUCCCCAUCCGCCGCACUCAACCCCCUCGGACUUACGGUUUCGGAUGAGGAGGAGGAGGAGAAGGAGGUGCUCAGGAAGAGGAGGGAGGUGCACCAGGAUUUGGAAAAAAUGAAGACAUCAGCUCCCAUCGUCCGUCCAUCGUCUCACAGAAAGAUGUCCCACACUCUGGCGUGUGGGACCGGGGCCCGCUGUGUCCCGGUGGAGUGUCCCCUCAGAGACAUAAACGACAGUGUGACCAUCAGUGUCAAAGCGCGCCUCUGGAAUUCCACUUUUCUAGAGGACUUUGUGGAGGCCAGCUCAGUGAGUGUCGUGGGAAGAGCCACUCUACAGCUACAGACGGAGCAGCCUGCAGUGAACAUGAGGCCCCAGAGCGUCCAGCAGGUAACAUCUGUGUGCUCCUAUGGUCCCACAUGGUCCCACACCUGA